GUGAUCACAACGUCCACGCAUGAGGUUCUGGUUCCUACUGGUAGAGAAGAUGAAUUUACACGCUGGGGUCCGCCUGGUCCACUCUGAUCCACUUUUCCUGCCUUUCUAGUGUGAUUUGAUCCCUUCCUGUUGUGCAAUGUUCCAUCGAAUGAGACUAGCCAAGUCUCAGGAGUUGUAGCGUUUGCCUUGGUGUGGCACCUUUGACGGCUCAAUUUUCAUCGUUGCAGCGCAGUAAACCCUUGUUCGUUCUUGUUGACGAUCAUGAGAACCUUCACAAGCGCGCCACUGGCGCCGAUUGGAAGGACAAUGUCGCGAGCGACAGUGUUUGCAGCACCACGGCGGUUAGUAACAAAGGCGCCCAGCUAUGCGUCUUUUCUUGGAAUGUUUCCACUUGAUCGCAGAAUGCCGGCGGUGAUUGUUUCUCGCGGCGAACGCCGAUGCAGCGGCCUCGCUACCCUAGCGGUAAUGGCAACACCACCUCCCCAAGAUGUUGAGGUGAAAAUAAUACCAGAGGACACGACAACCACACCGUCCGGCACAGGCCAAGUGCACAGAAAAGCCGGGAUCGUCGUUCGCAAGGGUCCCAAGUUCGGGUACAUCAAAACCAUAAACGAGCACACAGGCGAGGAAGAAAACCAGUAUUUUCGGGCGAGAGAUUGUUUCAAAACCUGGGUUCAGCCGGGCGACGAAGUCACCUUCGAAGAAUAUUUCGACGAGGCAACUGGGAGGAAGUUCAUCACAAAAAUCGUUGGUGGAACAGGUGGAGAAAAGCCGGAAAGGUGUGUUGAGGCUUCAGAGGCUGAAGCGCAAGAGAAAGGUAGACGGACUGCAACAUCGCGUCAGGCCGCAUCAGAGUUUGACCACAGCUUGGAGCAGCCUCUCUUUGAAUCGGGAAAGGCAUCGCGUCACACGCACGAGAAAAUCGUUGGUGGAAGCGAUAGUUCCUUACAUGGCGGGGAAAAGCACCAGGAGCUGCGGAACGUCGUCGACAAAUUACAAGCGGAAGUGAUCGAGCUGCGAUCACAAGUUUCUGAUCUCCAAAAGCAGAUCACUGUGUUACAUGCGGACGCGUUGUAAAGCUAAAAAUGACGAGUGCAUCUCCUUUACAGCGUUUGUGUGUUGAAUUGCAAAGUAGAGCGCUUGGCGGCGCGCUUGAGUUGUUGUAGGAAAUAAAACUAGACGUAGACUAAGUUGUGUUGUUCGCUGCACUACAACCAC